AGAGCUAGCUGCCGGCUUCUGAGAACCAAAUAAAGGACUUUUUUUAUUUACAGAACAUCUCACAGAUAUCGACCAUCAGUCCAUUUUGGAAAUCUUUGGGAUGUAAUACUUUUUAUUUACUUUAUUAUUGUUUUUAUUUCAGAUAAUGUACGUUUCUGGUAGAACAUCCCAUAUUUUAACUCAAUAAGCCAUGAAGGGAUUGCAAUAAGUGUCCUUUUACCUUUUUAAGAAUCUAAUUAACAGUAUUUUAACUCUAAAACUGAAGACGGCUUUUUGUCCACAUUAGUAAUUGUUUUUGUUUUGGUAUUUUAAUUUGGCGCGUUUUUGUUUAUCCGCCCUUGCUCCCGCCUCGCCGUGAUGACGUCAGCGCUGACGCUUUCAUUCAGCGUCGAGUCUUCAGAGCUGAGCUCGUCCUUCAGUUCUGCUUUAAAUACUGUAGUAUUUCCAUCAGUCUACAAGUAAAGACGAGCAUUAAACCAUCAGGAAGAAGAGAAAUCUGCGACGACGGAGUUUAUUGAAGGACAGUGAGAAGAUGAGUGAUCCAGAACCCUGCAGAAUUAAACAGGAAGACACUGAAGAACUAAUAGAUGUGAAGGAGGAGAGUGAAGAACUGAGUGAAGAUGAGGAGAAACAUCAGGUCAAAAGUGGAGAAGGAACUCAAUCAGAGCCUGAACAGUUACCUUCUCUGCAAACAAACACCAACCACAACCUGAUGGUGAAGAAAGAGGAAAGUGAAGAACUGAGUGUAGACAAAAAGGUCCGUCGUAGUGUUCAUACAGAAAUCAGGCCAAAUUCAUGCACUUUGUGUGGAAAGAGUUACAAACAGCUGUCACAUUUAAAACAACACCAGAGGACUCACACCGGAGAGAGACCGUACACAUGUGAUCAAUGUGGGAAGAGUUUCAACCAACCAUCAACCCUUAAUCAACACAUGAAGACCCACACUGGAGAGAAAACACACAAAUGUGAUCAAUGCGGAAAAACAUUUUCAAGGCCUUCAGAGCUGAAGAGACAUCUUAGAGUUCACACAAAGGAGAAGCCUUACUCAUGCUCUGAGUGUGGAAUAAGUUUUAGUCGUCUGUCAAAUUUAAAAGAACAUCAGAAGAUCCACGCUGGGGUUAAAGAGCAUAUUUGCUUUGAGUGUGGGAAGAGUUUCAAUAGAGCUCAAGUACUGAAAAUACACCAGAGGAUCCACACCGGAGAGAAACCGUACAAGUGUUCACACUGCGGCAAGACAUUCAACCAGUUACAAAACCUGAAAUCACAUCAGAGGACUCACACUGGAGAGAAACCGUACAAGUGUUCACACUGCGACAAGACAUUCAGUCAGUUACACACUCUGAAGUCACAUAAGAUGAUCCACACUGGAGAGAGACCGUACAAGUGUUCACACUGCGACAAGACAUUCAGUCAGUUACACACUCUCAAAUCACAUAAGAGGAUUCACACUGGAGAGAAACCGUACACAUGUACUCGCUGUGGAAAGAGUUUCAAACAAUCAUCACAUUUUCAUCAGCACACGAGGAUCCACACUGGAGUGAAAACACACAAAUGUGCUCAGUGCGACAAAACAUUUUUGAGGCCUUCAGUGCUGAAGAGCCAUCUCAGAGUUCAUACAAAGGAGAAAUCAUGUUCUUCAGCUCCAUCAGAAACUCAAAUGUUUUGGCUUGUCAGAAUUAUUUUAAUUAGCCGCGUUGGAAAAAAAAACCGCCUUUGCGACAUCCGUCCACCUCAACGUGAUGACGUCAGCCAUUACGCGUUCUGUCAACGUCGAGUCUUCUGGGCUGAGGAAAAAAAUCUUCUGAGCUCUGCCGCCAUCAGUGAAAGACAAAGACAGAGUUUAUUGAAGGACAGUGAGAAGAUGAGUGAUCCAGAACCCUGCAGAAUUAAACAGGAAGACACUGAAGAACUAAUAGAUGUGAUGGUGAAGGAGGAGAGGGAAGAACUGAGCGAAGAUGAGGAGAAACAUCAGGUCAAAAGUGAAAGUGAAACUCAAUCAGAGACUGAAAACAGUAUUUUAAUGAAAGAAACAGCCGCAAAAGAUUUGACCUGCACUCUGUGUGGAAAGAGUUUGGGGCGCAAAUAUGAUCUCAAGCGUCACAUGAGGAUCCACACUGGAGAGAAACCUUACAAGUGUUCCCACUGCGAGAAGAGGUUCAAUCAUUCAGGAUACCUCAAAAUACACGAGAGGACUCACACCGGAGAGAAACCGUUUCACUGCACUGCUUGUGGAAAGAGUUACACACACUCAUCUUCUCUACAGACACACACUAAAAACGUUCACAAUCUGAUUGUGGUGGAGGAGAGUGAUGACGUGAGUGAAGAUGAGGAGAAACAUCAUAAUAAAAGUGAUGAAAAAACUCGAUCAGAGAUUGAGGAUAGUAUUUUAUUGAAAGGUUUGACCUGCACUCAGUGUGGAAAGAGUUUUUGGCACAAAUACCAUCUCAAGCUUCACAUGAGGAUCCACACUGGAGAGAAACCUUACAAGUGUCCACACUGCGACAAGAGAUUCAAUUUUUCAGGAAACCUGAAAACACACUUGAGGACUCACACCGGAGAGAAACCGUAUCACUGCACUGCUUGUGGGAAGAGUUUCUCAGAUUCAUCUACUCUACGAAGACACACAAAAAACUAUCACAACCUGAUGAUUAAAAAGGAGGAAAGUGUCCAUUCCAAGGAGAAGCCACACUCGUGCUCUUUGUGUGGGAAGAGUUUUAAACAGCAGUCGCAUCUGAGACGACACCAGAUGGUCCACACCGAUGAGAAGCCGCACAAAUGUGAUCAAUGCGGCAAAGUGUUUCAGAGGAAUUCAGACCUGAAGAACCAUCUCAGAGUUCAUGCAGACGAGAAGCCGUACACGUGUUCUUGGUGUGGAAAGUUCUUUUCCUAUCAGUCGCACUUGAGGCAGCACCAGAUGAUUCACACCGGAGAGAAACCGUAUAAGUGUUCGCACUGCGACAAGAGAUUCAGCAAGCUGAAUAACCUGAAAUCACAUCAGAGGAUCCACACUGGAGAGAAGCCGUAUACUUGUGCUCAGUGUGGGAAGAGUUUCAGACACUCAUCAUCUAUUAAUCAACACCUGCUGAUCCACAGCAGAGAGAAAACACACAAUCUGAUCAUUACAGCCAUUCAUUUAUGAGGGCUUCAGAUCUGAAGGUCCAUCUUAGGCUCCAUUUACACUAAUGUGUUUUAGUUUGAAAACGCAUGAGUUUUGCUAUUGUUACACCAUCCGUCCACACUACGCCGGAGUUUUCGAGCGCUGAAAACGGAGCGUUUUGAAAACCCUGAAGAGGCCGUUUUCAUUCUAAAGCGCUGCUGCUCCGUCUCAGUGUGGAUGGGGGAAAACGGAGACAUCUGAAAACGGAGGCGGUGCUGCAGUCAUUCGCCUCUCUGAUUGGGGGUUUUCCCCCAAUAUUAAGUACCCUGCACACAGUUAAGACCUGCAUCCUCUCCUUGUAAGUUCAGAAUUUGCAAGUUUGAUAUGGAAAACACUCCUGAGGACGCGGGUAAAUCUUCAAAGGGAACAGUGUACUUUAUAACCUUAUUCACAUCAUCCUGGCUACAUUGUUUUAAUAUAUCUUAAUAAUAAAAUGAAAACAUGAUAUUAUGAGCUGCUAUUUUCAUUUUGAUAUUAAGAACUUAACCGACAGCAGAAAUGUCGAGGCAAAUGUUAACAAAAUUGUUAUAUUUUGUCGUCAAUUUUCAAAGUAACAAAUAAGUUUUUU